AUGCCUCACUCAUAUGGUAUCCGUGCUCGCACACGGUAUAUGUUUUCUCGUAAAUUUAAAGAUCAUGGAUAUCUUAAGCUUUCAACCUAUCUUAAAAUAUAUAAAGUUGGCGAUAUCGUAGAUGUCAAAGCAAACGGUGCAAUUCAAAAAGUUGGUGUUAUUAUUUAUAAACGUGUUGGUAAUAGAUACAUUGAAAAGAGAAUCAAUGUUCGUAUCGAACAUGUAAAACAUUCAAAAUGUAGAGAUGAUUUCUUACGUCGUGUUAAAGAAAAUGCAAUUAAAAAGAAAGAUGCUAGAGCUAAAGGGGAAAAAGUAAAUUUAAAGAGACAACCUGUACUCCCAAGAACUUCACGUCACGUUUCAACCAAGAAGAAUAUACCAACUACUAUUACACCAAUCCCUUACGAUACACUU